GCCAAGGCAACAAGCAGAGCAGCAGCGAAGUCAUAGAUAAGAACAGAGCGGUCUCUAUUCACCUUCCGGAUUCGGUUUUCUCGGUAACUGAACCCUGAACCUUUCUUCCUUUUCCUCCAUUCCAGACAAGAGAGACGUCAUCAUGCUGCCCAUGUCCAGCGGCGCCGUUUGGAUGAACAGAGAGGGAGAAGACGCAGUUUCUUCUUGGACCAGCAACCCCCAUAACAACAAUGAAACAGAGCCCAAAGACCUGACCUUGGCCAGCUUCAAAGCCAUGUUAGAAGGUGACUGGUACAUGAACAACAACAACAACGUCGUCCUCAACCAAGACAACAUUAACUGCUUCUCUUCCAACCCCUUUCAAAUGGACACCUCCGCUUCUUGCUCUCCGUCCAGGGCAUUUACUCUUUUAAAUUCAAAUUCAAAUCCCAAUCCCAACUCCAAAUCCUGCUUCUCUACUCUCCCUAACUCUAAUCCAUUCGAUAACAAUUUCAAUUUGGUUGGCGAAAGUGAGCUCUUGACCCAGCUUCAGCAGCAAAAUGAAGCUUUGAUGAACUUGGCAGCUCUUAAUCCUCACUCCCAGGUGGCUGCUACUCCUGCACUCAGUUCCGGCACCGAGUUCCCCUCGAAUCAGCUGCUUCCAGUAUCCGGCAACACCGCCGGCUUCGAAAGCUCCGGGAGUGCUCUGUUACUGAACAGGGCUGAGGAUAUGAGUUUCCCUUGUUCCAUGGGUGGUGCACAGCCCACUCUGUAUCAGAAGCGAGCUGCACUUCGCCAGAACUCCACUGGCAGCAGCGGCUGCGAUAUAUUGGGCAACUUGGAGAUUUCGGGGCCCAGUUACUCCGGCUUGGGUUUGGAGGAGAAAAGGAAGAGGAGACAUAAUGAGAGCGAAAUGGAAGACGAUAUGUCUAGUUUGAAUUUUUAUGAUUCUGAUGGUCAAGCGGAGGAGGAGGAGGAGGAGGGGAAUGUGAAUAAUGCCGCUGGUGGAGGCUAUUCUAAUGCCAAUAGUAGUGUCACUGAUGGAGAUUUCAAGGGGAAGAAGACGGGUUUACCGGCCAAAAAUCUCAUGGCCGAAAGGCGCCGGAGGAAGAAGCUCAACGACAGGCUCUACAUGCUUAGGUCUGUAGUACCCAAGAUAAGCAAGAUGGAUAGAGCGUCCAUACUUGGGGAUGCAAUUGACUAUUUGAGAGAGCUUCUGGGAAGGAUUGAUGACCUCCAUAAGGAGCUGGAAUCAGAUGCACCUGGCUCUUCGUUGCAACCUUCAACAAAUUUUAACCCAUUGACACCAAAUUCACUCACCUAUCCCGGCCGUAUCAAGGAGGAGCUCCGUCCUAGCUCCUUGCCAACCCCUAAAAGCCAACAACCUGCUGCAAAGGUGGAUGUUCAGAUAAGGGAAGGACGAGCUCUUAACAUCCGCAUGUUAUCUCCACGCAGACCAGGUCUGUUGCUCUCUACUAUGAGAGCCUUGGACAACCUUGGGUUAGACAUCCAGCAGGCUGUGAUCAGCUGCUUUAAUGGAUUUGCUCUGGAUGUGUUCCAAGCUGAGCAAUCCAGGGAAAGCCAUUUCUUGCCUGAGCAAAUUAGAGCGGUACUCUUGAAAUCAGCUGGAUUUGAUGGUAUGAUGUAACUCAACUCAAUUCGAUGAAGUACGUAGUUCAAAAUUGCAGCCUCGAUCAGUAAUUAAAAAUUGGAGUGAUGGAGCACUGACAGAACAGUGGCUUGUCUCUCGCCCUCUCAAGUCUAAACUAGUUUGUAAAUGCAUGCAAUCGCUUGUCAUUCCCAUUCGAAGAGACUCUCAGCGCAGACAGUGUAGCAGUGGAAGUGUAUAUUUUAUAAUUAAUGAAUUAGGCAAACUGCUAAGUUCUACGUGGUCAGCAACUUUAAAAUUUUCUCCUCAAUUGCUGUUAAAUUGUGUUGCUUGAGUGAUAUAUGAUUAGACUAAUCACCAAAUCACCAUUGCAUGUGAUUUCUUUG